AUGAUUGUUGAUGGCGCAAUCAAGCCUGUCAGAUCCUACAAAAUUCCUACCCGAGAGGAGAAGAAUGAUCCUAGGUACUGCCGUUAUCAUCAAUUUGUGGGACAUCCAACUAUUGUUUGUCAGAGUCUAAGGAGGAUUUUACAUGCUAAAAUAUAUGAGGGAGUCCUUGAGCAUCCCUCUAGGAAGCAAACAAUAGAUGAAGACCCUUUACCAAAACGAAGGGGAAAAGAGGUAACUGGUGUCAUUACAUGUUUCGAUGAUUUGCUUGAUGAUGAUGGAUUGUGUCACCCAUGGAGGAAUGACCCAAAGCCGUUGGAAGCUAUGUGGGAACCUUGUGGAAACAUGGAGAAGACAUAUUGGUGUAAAUAUUUGAAGCCUGCAAGCUACAACAUGCCAUGGCCGCUCGCUGAUGGAUGGGGUGACGACUCAGGCAAUGAAGUUUUCGUCCUGGACAUGCCGGAAGAGUGCUACUCGGGGGCUUCAUUGGGACAACAUGAAACAGCUGCUGUAACAUUUCAUAACCUUACAGAGGCUGAAACAAGUGUGAUGAAACGAUAUGUAAGUUUGAAACAGGGGCCCACAGCUUCACAGGUCCUCCAAAGAAACCCGAAAUUCAAGUCACUCUUUGACCAACUUGGCUUUGGGCCUCAAUCUAGAAAGGUAGUUGCUGUAGCUCUCAUGAACAUCUAUGCAUAA